GACAAGAAGCCUGUUCUUUCCGAUGCCGGCCGCGUGCUCCCAAGUGCACACCGAUGGGCGUCGCAAAUCGCCGACGAUCUGGCUGCGCUGGCAGACAUCACUGGCUCCGAAGACAUAGCCGACGCUGUGCAGUACCCGCUCCGGCUGUUCACGGACAGCGGGAUCAGGGAUGCGUUCAUUUUGGCGGAU